AUGCACGGACAUUUUCUCUACGACUUCCUGCAAAUAGACGUCGUUUAUAACAGAUUCCCAUCAUGCUUUGUGCUGGUCAUCCUCUUUCUGCAGAAAGUCAGUGAGAAGGUUGGAGGAGCUGAGGGAACAAAACUUGACGAUGACUUCAAAGAAAUGGAAAAGAAAGUGGACAUCACCAGCAGAGCGGUGUUGGACAUCAUGACCAAAACCACAGAGUAUUUACAACCAAAUCCAGGUCAGAGAAGGCAGUUCCCCGGGAUAAAGAUGCGCACGGGACUUCAGCGCUAUGUUUUUGAGGAUUCUGGCCGAAAAUAUGAAGCCAACCGCGGGAAGAGCCAGAGCUGCUCAGACGGAGGAGAGAGAGGCGAGCAGAGAUCCGCGGAGACACAGGAGGGCUCACUCUGCCUCAUCACAGCCUGGAGAGAGCUGCGGUACCGAACUUUAUUGUUUCAUUAA